AUGGUUAUCGGUCUGCUCGCCAUCGCCGCCAUACCCACAGUCAUCGGCACUGGUCAGGCCGUAAGCGCUCAGAAGAAGCAGAAUGCCGCUGCCAAAGAACAGGCCAAGUUCAGCCUCACGGCGACAAUGACCAUUGACGGCAAGCAAGAAGAGUGCCCAUGUAUCGUUGUUGACAACAAGAUAUGGAUAAGUCAUAGUCUGGCACCGGCUCCAGGGCACAAGUUUUCAGGGUAUUACUUCAACUACCCCAGCGAACCACCAAUGCGCGCCUUGGUAUCAACGAUAGCGGAAGACCCGCCCAUGUUGAACUGGAUUUACGUCGACGCCGACAGCAGAGCACUCCGCCACGGGGGCCGCAAAGAUACCCUAGGCCAUGUUAUAGGACCUUGGGGCUGGACUGACGAUGAGAGGUAUCUCUCACUCAGAGGAAGCGGGCUCGGCUUCGUAGCCGUACUGGAGGAGGACGGCAGGUGGGCUGCAUAUUGGGAUCCGGAUGGGCGGUUGCGGGAGGGCUAUGAUCCCGAGGACUGUAUGGAGAUAGCUCUCAGGCGGCAGAUGGCGCUAGGCAUUGAAAGCGCCUACGUGAAAGGAUAG